CUUAAGGCUUACAUCUUCUACAGCUACUUUCUUCACUUUGCCCUAGCCGCAGCCCACUCCCAGGCUUCCUCCGACUGCGGCAUCAACCUUCCUCCCAUUUUUAGCUUUGAUUCUUCGCUGCGACUGCUCCUUUCUGCUCUUCGCUUUUUCCGAGCUCAGUUUUGUGAAGAUGUAUACUGCAAAGCAGAAGAUUCACAAGGACAAGGAUGCUGAACCCACUGAAUUUGAGGAAUCCGUAGCGCAGGCUUUCUUUGAUCUGGAAAAUACUAACCAGGAGCUGAAAAGUGACAUGAAGGAUCUCUACAUCAAUUCAGCUAUCCAAAUCGAUCUUGCUGGGAACCGGAAGGCUGUUGUCAUCCAUGUUCCUUUCAGAUUGAGGAAAGCUUAUAGAAAGAUUCAUGUUAGGCUUGUGAGAGAACUUGAGAAGAAGUUCAGUGGAAAGGAUGUAAUCCUGAUUGCUAGUAGGAGGAUAUUAAGGCCUCCAAAGAAAGGUUCAGCUGCUCAAAGGCCUCGCACCCGUACGCUUACUGCCGUGCACGAGGCAAUGUUGGAGGAUAUUGUACUGCCUGCUGAAAUUGUUGGGAAGCGUACCAGAUACCGAAUUGAUGGGUCUAAGAUAAUGAAGGUUUUCUUGGACCCAAAGGAGAGGAACAACACAGAGUACAAGUUGGAGACUUUUGCUGCAGUUUACAGGAAGCUCUCGGGCAAAGAUGUUGUGUUUGAGUUUCCGGUGACCGAGGCAUAAAAAAGUGCAGAGCUGGCUGGCAUCUUUGCAUGUUUUUUUCCUAGCAAAUUUAGUUUAGUAGGCUAUUUAAAAUUCUCAAAAUUAAGUCAAUUUAUCAGGAUUUUGUGGUGGAUCCAUUUUCUUAAUGUUACAGAUGCUCAUUUCCAAGUACUUUUCAUAAAUACGAUGUUUUUAGUGUCUAUCUACA